AUGUCGAGGUUUUUGCUUCAACAUUUACUGAUAGUUCUUUUUAUUUCUUCUGCUUCUGGCUGCUUUAUUAAGAACAAUGACAUCGUCCCUCCGCAUUCGGCCCCAGAAACCCUUGUUGAGGGGUGAGGCGAAAAAAAAUACACUGUAUUUUUUUCCUACAGUUUCCCACAGUCAAAUUUGACAUAAAAUUUUCCAAUUUUUUGAAAACGAUAGGAAAAAAAUACAUGGAAAAGAAAAAAAAAUUCGAAACCAGGGCGGAAAAAAAUUCAACCCCCAAAAAUGAAAAAAAACCGCAUGAAAAAAAUACACAUAAAAAAAAAAAAUAUUAAAUUACUAAUAUUUAAAAAGAAGCAAAGAAAAUGCUUUAUUUAAAUAUGAAUAACAAUAGCAGUCAUUGCAUUUGCUAUAAAUUCACAUAAUAGAUAAAAAAUAGAUGCAAAGAACUGUAUCAUAUGCUUUAUAGUAAAAAGUUUUCUGUGUUUUUUUCCAAACCGCAUGAAAAAACUACUAUAAAAAUUUGAAAUACAGAUCUUUAAGUCAAAUAGAGUUAAAAAUAACGAAAAACAGUCCCAGCUUAAAUCUCUCUUUAAUAACGAGAUUUCAAGAAUAAAAUUACUGCCUAAAUGUUAAAGAUCAGUUUAAAUAAAAAAAUUAAAAACAGAAGGAAAAAAAAUUCAAAAUUUUUUUUUCUAAAACAACAGCAUGAAAAAAUAUCAGUAAAAUUUUAACAGUCUAAAUUUCGGCAUGAAAAAAAUACAAUAGAAAAAAUUUAGUAGGAAAAAAAUACAUAUAAAAUUUAUAUAUUUUUUUUUAAAAAUUUUUUAAUUAAAAAAAUCCAAAAUAUCUAACUCCCAAUAGCGGACGAAAUCAAUGUUUUUUUUUCCCUAAAAAUGGACUCUUAGGUACCAUUUAAUAACGGAAAUUUUUUUACUAUAAAAAUUUUAAAUUAUAUAAGAUAAUCGUUCAUUAUAAAUUUACUAAUAUACAUAAAAUGGCGGAUGACUUCCGACCCGUCCUCUUGAGACAGUUACCUGUGUAUAUCCGGGCAUGGUUUUUGGAGCCAGGAAUUGGCCCAGCUAUGUCUUUGUACCUCAAGGCGAGAGGUCUAAGCGCAAAGAUCGCUGUUUUUGUGACCAAGACCCUUGGGCAGUUAUUCGUGACUCCUUUUUUCCAGCAGAGCCCAGCCUAGUGGGUGUCAGAAAUGAGGCAGGGCGACAUACCUGCCUAAGCUGCUUUUGUGAUUUGCCCCGAAUGGCGAAAGCUGUUGAGUUCUUUCUCGGGAUGACCGGAAAAGAGGGGAAGGCAAAUUAGACGAGAAAUCGGGGUUCUCCCCAAUUAAAAGGUGCCCUUCAGUGGGCAGAUUUGGCGACGUACGGACAGAGUUGACGCAAGAUUCAGGGCGACGAAUCAAGUUGGAAAUGGAGGCGGCCAGUUGGUCAUCACCUCUACCGAGAAACCGGGGUUUCGGACCGGGCUUGAAGCGGCCACGCCUUAGCCACCUUACGGGGUUAUCUCCAUAAAACGUCACGGCGGCGAAGUAGGGACUUAAAAAAUACAUAGCAUCUUAACAUAACAUAACAUAACAUAACAUAACAUAACAUAACAUAACAUAACAUAACAUAACAUAACAUAACAUAACAUAACAUAACAUAACAUGACAUAACAUAACAUAACAUAACAUGACAUAACAUAACAUAACAUAACAUAACAUAACAUAGCAUAACAUAACAUAACAUAACAUAACAUAACAUAACAUAACAUAAUAUAACAUAACAUAACAUAACAUAACAUAGCAUAACAUAAUAUAACAUAACAUAUAACAUAACAUAACAUAACAUAACAUAACAUAACAUAACAAAGCAUAACAUAAAUUUACUAGAGCCAAUGAAUAAAGAUGGGAAUAUUUAAAUAGAAUUAAUUUAAGCGCAAAGGUAUUAAAAAAUUAUGAGAGCUAAUAAUAUGCAUCUGGCUUUCUUUUCUUUAAACCUUGAUCUCCCUUUUCAAUUGAUGAAUGCCUUUUACUAAUUCGCCGACACUUGACUUUGAUAUAUUGAACUUGUAGGCUAUAUCUUCAUAUGAAAGACCUUCAUUUUGAUGAUCCAGGUAGUAUUGUGCAAUAACUAGCUUAUCACCAGCUGUUAGUCUUUUCUCUUUCUGGUUUCUCCAUUCAACUCCAUUUUAUUAGAUUUAGUGCUUCUCUUUUGACUUAAAAAUGCAUUUUUUUUCAGCCGUUUAUAAAAAAUUUUAAAUAGAAAAAUAUUUAUAAAUAUCGAACUUUUUUAAUAGCGGACGAUUUUUUCGUUCGCUAUUAAAUUGGGGGGGGAGUUAGAAACUAUCCAAUAGGCAAUUAAAAGAAGAGUUGAUCAGGUGGACUUAAGCGCAGUGUAAUCGACUCCAAACCAGAAGGAAUAAAACUUAGAAAUAUAAAUAAUUAAUCGUUUUAUUAUAAGUUAUUAUUACUAAUCACACACAGUAGAGUUUGGAUAACUCAUCCUUAGAUAUUUUGGAUUUUUUUAAUUAAAAAAUUUUUAAAAAAAAUAUAUAUAAAUUUUAUAUGUAUUUUUUUCCUACUAAAUUUUUUCUAUUGUAUUUUUUUCAUGCCGAAAUUUAGACUGUUAAAAUUUUACUGAUAUUUUUUUCAUGCUGUUUUUUUAGAAAAAAAAUUUUGAAUUUUUUUCCUUCUGUUUUUAAUUUUUUUAUUUAAACUGAUCUUUAACAUUUAGGCAUUAAUUUUAUUCUUGAAAUCUCGUUAUUAAAGAGAGAUUUAAGCUGGGACUGUUUUUCGUUAUUUUUAACUCUAUUUGACUUAAAGAUCUGUAUUUCAAAUUUUUAUAGUAGUUUUUUCAUGCGGUUUGGAAAAAAAACACAGAAAAACUUUUUUACUAUAAAGCAUAUGAUACAGUUCUUGCAUCUAUUUUUUAUCUAUUAUGUGAAUUUAUAGCAAAUGCAAUGACUGCUAUUGUUAUUCAUAUUUAAUAAAGCAUUUUCUUUGCUUCUUUUUAAAUAUUAGUAAUUUAAUAUUUUUUUUUAUGUGUAUUUUUUUCAUGCGGUUUUUUUUCAUUUUUGGGGGUUGAAUUUUUUUCCGCCCUGGUUUCGAAUUUUUUUUUCUUUUCCAUGUAUUUUUUUCCUAUCGUUUCAAAAAAUUGGAAAAUUUUAUGUCAAAUUUGACUGUGGGAAACUGUAGGAAAAAAAAUACAGUGUAUUUUUUUCCGCUUCACCCCUUGUUGAGCCUUCAAGUCUUCCUUCUUAUUUAUUUUGGGGAAAUUACAGUGGCAUCAACUACCUCACAGUUUCAAGAAACCAGCACAUCCCUCAAUACUGCGGUGGCUGCUGGUCCUUUGCCUCCACUUCUGCCCUUGCUGACCGCUUUAAGAUUCUCCGUAAUGCGACAUGGCCUGAUUACAAUAUUGCCCCACAAGUUCCAAUCUCUUGUGAUUAUCUGAGUUUUGGCUGCAAUGGGGGAGAUCCUAUGACUGUUUAUAAGUACAUAUAUGACCGUGGGAUCACUGAUGAAACCUGUGCCACUUACCAAGCCAAAGAUAGAGACAAUGGGCUUGAAUGCACAAGGCUAUCAAGAUGUAAAACUUGCUACAGUAACGGAAAAUGCGACAUUCCUGACACCCAUCUUGUUUACAACGUAACUACUUAUGGCUCAGCCAUUGGCGAAACCCAAAUGCUAAACGCUUUACAAAAUGGUCCAAUUGCCUGUGCAAUGGAUGCUACAAAUGAAUUCGAAAACUACACAGGAGGGAUUUUCAUUCCUACAGACCACGAGGUUGUCACCAAUCAUGUCGUAGAGCUUGUAGGCUAUGGGGUAGAAAAUAAUACCAAAUAUUGGAUUGGGAGAAAUUCCUGGGGCACUUAUUGGGGAGAAAAAGGACUCUUUAGGAUCAUUAGAGGAAAAGAUGCCCUAGCUAUUGAAGAAUACUGCGCUUGGGCAACCCCAGAUCCAGUUGUAAAACAGGUAAAUAAGACCUUGGUAGAGGAAAAGACAGUAGCGGAGCUCAAGAUAUUAGAAGCUUUUGAGAGACCUGAAAAAGCAGGCUGUAGAGUAGAAAAAUCAGAACUAAAACUGCAGGCAGAAGCAAAUGGGUAUGUGAUAGAAGAAAACGCUGCUCCAGCACUCCCAGCAGCUUGGGACUGGAGAAACAUGUCUGGGCUGAACUACAUGUCCUGGACAAGGAACAUGAAUAACCCACAGUUCUGUGGGGCCUGCUGGGCACACGCAGCUACGUCUUGUAUUGCAGACAGAAUCAAUAUUCUAAGAAAUGACACUGUUGCCCAGAUUUCUAUAUCUCCACAGGUAAUUCUCAAUUGUAAUGCAGGCGGCAACUGCACAAGUGGAGACCCAAUUGGGGUUUAUAAAUUCGCCCAGCAAUAUGGUCUUCCGGAUGAUACUUGCCAACAAUAUCUUGCAGAGCCAGUAGAAAAUGCGACUUGCACAGCACGACAAGUCUGUGAAACCUGCAUCCCGCCUCCUCCUAAAGAGGGACAAACUUCUAAUUGUUCAGCUAUAACAAAUCCUCCUCUCUGGUAUGUUGGGUCUUAUGGGUUUUUAGCUGGAGUUACGAAAAUGAAGCAAGAAAUUUAUACAAACGGGCCAAUCAGCUGCGGAAUUUACUACUCAAAAUCUUUUGAAAACUACAAAGGUGGCAUUUUCAGCGAGCUAACAAUGACUACAAAGGUCAAUUAUGAAGUCGCCUUAGUAGGUUGGGGAGUCAAUAAAGCAGGCACUGAAUAUUGGAUUGGUAGAAACUCACAAGGCACAAUGUGGGGCGAAAGUGGAUUCUUCAGAAUCCAAAUGUACAGAGACAAUCUCGGUAUUGAAACAGACUGCAGUUGGGCAAUCCCUAAUAUAACCAGAACUAACUAA